GUUUUUGGGAGGUGGCUGGGUGACAUUGAAGGCGUGAGGCGGGCCGGGGGAGCUGCCGUCAUGCUGGUGUCGCUGGGGCGGUCGGCGGGGCGGCUGUUGCGGAUCGGGGCCGGCGCUAGCGGGCUGCGGCAUGCGGGCGGUGGGGUGCACAUUGAGCCGCGGUACCGGCAGUUCCCGGAGUUGACGCGGGCGCAAGUGAUCCAUAGCGAGCUUCUCAGUGGCUUCAUGUGGUUCUGGAUCUUAUGGCACUUCUGGCACAGCUCGGACAUGGUGCUGGGUCACUUCCCUUACCCCGACCCGUCGGCCUGGACGGACGAGGAGCUCGGGAUCCCUCCAGACGACGCGGAAUAAGCACCUCCAGCUACAGGUUCCGGCGCUGCCGGCAGCAGACACUGGUCCCUGGAACUAUAGAGACUCCUGGAACCAAGCUUUGGCUCAUUGGACCUUAUUUCAAUAAAAGUUAACUGCAAACAAA